AUGCAAUACGCCGAGACGAUAAUUUUGCACCUACCUUCCCAGAAAAAGAGACUUUGGUCGACUACCAAGGGUACCACUUCCUUCGGUAAGCGUCACACCAAGUCCCACACUCUCUGCAGACGUUGCGGAAACCGUGCUUUCCAUAACCAGAAGAAGACCUGCGCUUCCUGCGGUUAUCCCGCCGCCAAGAUCCGUUCCUUCAACUGGUCCGUCAAGUCUCAACGUAGAAAGACCACCGGUACCGGCCGCAUGCGCCACUUGAAGGACGUCUCCCGUCGCUUCAAGAACGGUUUCCGUGAGGGUACCCAGGCCAAGAAGCAGACUGUUGCCGCCUCUGCUUAA